AUGGUUAAAAAAAUUGUUGGACUUAUUAAACUUGCUCUAAAUGCAGGCAAAGCCACUCCAGCUCCACCAGUAGGACCAGCGUUAGGGCAAUAUGGUGCGAAUAUUGUUAUGUUUUGUAAAGAAUAUAAUGCUAGAACUGCUCAAAAAGUUGGCUUAGUAAUACCAGUAGAAAUUUCUGUUUAUGAAGAUCGUAGUUUUUCGUUUAUUUUAAAAACUCCUCCGGCUUCAGUUUUAUUAUCUAAAGCAGCUAGUCUUCAAAAAGGAUCAGGUAAACCAAACAUAGAUAAAGUAGGCUCUAUUUCUAAUCAACAGUUAAAAGAAAUAGCAGAAUUAAAAUUGCAAGAUCUAAAUACACAAGAUAUAGAAAAAGCAAUGUUAAUUAUUAAAGGAACAGCAAAUAGCAUGGGUAUCCAAGUAACUUAA